CCUGUGAUGAUUUAGUAAAGUUGUCACAAUUAAGCUGGUAAUUCUUGUUUUUAUCUUUAAAAUGCCUAGAUUGAAAACCAUUGAAAACAUGACCUAAUUCCAUCCCCAAAAUGCCUAAGUCCCAGAGCAUGUCAUUCAAGGUGAGUGACAUAAGGAUAAGUGGUAUGAUAGACUGUCUCAUUUGUAGGUCAGUGUAUGAAAAGCACCUGGUAUAGGUUUCAAAACUUAUUUCCUGAGGAGAUGGAAUCUAGGAACCGGGAAACUUUUUAUAUCUUCUUUUUCAGUCAUAUCAUGUGAAAGCACAAAUCUGCCAAAUAGUAAAAUGAAAGGAUUAUUUUCUUGGCUUAUCUGUGGACAGAGAUUUCUUAAAUUGGAUUACACUAAUUAGUAUUGGAAUGACGUAGUAUAGAUCCAGCUUUAAUUAUUUGAAAUUGAAACAGUUUCUCCUUUGUAUAGAAGGGACGACCACAAAUAGUUGCAUAUCUUAUUUGCCAAUAAUUUUUUAUUAAUGUGAUUUUUUUAAAAAAAAAAACUUCAAAUCUUGCCGAUUUGAAAAAUGUAUCUGCACUUCUUCAAUUUUGGGUUGAGGAAGAUGGAAAAACUAAAUAAUGUCCCGGCAAGACGGAUGCCCCUUUGAAUCUUUAAGGCCUGAGUGGUGGCAUAUUUUUCCAGUUCUACUCUUAACCCUUUUCAAAGAAGGGGUGAUUUGAGGAGAAGCUUGGUACAACCAGCGUUGCGAAAAAGAUGGCAGUGAUGAAAAUCAAGUUUAACCAGAAGAAACGAGUAAAACUAGCACAAGGAUUAUGGCUCAUGAAUUGGUUUUCAGUGUUUGCUGGAAUUGUUGUUUUUUCUAUGGGACUUUUCCUAAAAAUUGAGCUCAGGAAGCGAAGUGAAAUGAUGGACAAUUCUGAAAGCCACUUUGUGCCCAACUCUUUAAUACUGGUAGGUCUACUUGCCUGUGCGUCUAAUGCUCUUGCUGGCAAGAUAUGCUACGAUUCCCUGGAUCCUGCUAAAUUUGAAAAAUGGAAAUUUUUCCUGAAACUCUAUUUAGCCAUAUGUGUAAUUUUUAAUGUCUUCAUUUUUUUAAUUGCUCUUAUUUGCUUUCUGAUGAGGGGUUCUCUUGACAGUACACUGUCAGAAGGGUUAAAAAAUAGUAUGAAGUUCUACCGUGACACAGAUACUCCAGGAAGGUGCUUCAUGAAGAAGACAAUUGAUAUGCUCCAGAUUGAGUUCAAAUGCUGUGGAAAUAAUGGUUACAGAGACUGGUUUGAGAUUCAGUGGAUCAGCAACCGAUACUUAGAUUUUGGUUCCAAGGAAGUGAAAGAUCGCAUUAAAAGUAACGUGGAUGGCAAAUAUUUGGUGGACAGUGUUCCCUUCAGCUGCUGCAAUCCAAGUUCUCCACGGCCAUGCAUCCAGUACCAGGUUUCUAAUAACUCAGCUCACUACAGUUAUGACUACCAAACAGAAGAGCUCAAUCUAUGGACUCGUGGCUGCAGAGAGUCUCUGCUUAAUUACUUCAGCGGCAUAAUGACCUCCAUGGGAGUGGUUGUCCUCUUUGUCUGGCUUUUUGAGAUGUUAAUAAUGAUAGGGUUGCGCCUGUUGCAUACCUCUCUGGAAAAUAUCACCAAUCCAGAAGAUCCUGAAUGUGAAAGUGAAGGAUGGGUCCUGGAGAAGAGCCUGAAAGAUACUUUUAAAUCCACCCUGGAAAAUUUGAAAAAUAUUGGUAAGGGAAACCAAGUGAAUGCUGGUGAAGGUGCAGGAGACGAAGGUGCAAAACCCCAAGCUGUUGCAACCGUCAGCUGAGUUUCCCAGCUAACAUGACUUUACCUAGACUGAAAAUUAUGAAUUCUAACUUUUGAAAAAUGAGCCAUCACAGCUACAUAUUUGUUUAUUAAUAACACUUAACAUUAAAGCAAGUAUAUAAGGCAUUAGGGUCUUUCAUAUUAAAAUUCAAGCAUUAACUUCUAUUUUGGAAUUCUGGCACUGAGCAUUUUGCUGUGGAUCCCUGGAACUGGAAACCAAGGAAGAAAUGUAAUUAUUUUUUGUAUUUUAAGUUUACAAAUAUUUGGAAAAUAUGUAUCCUGGAUUAUGCGUACCUAUGAUAGGACAAAAAAAAAUUUGACUGGAAAAUUAGAAAGGUAUAUAGAAAAAUGCAUUUUAAUUUUCUUUUUCUUUUUGGACAAAAGCAGAUAUUUAAAAUUGCAAUUGAAGAAGUGUAUUCAAUCAUGAUUAUAGCAAUAACAAAGUUAGUUGCACUGAAUUUUUAUGCACUGACAGAAAUUGGUAAUUUUAUAAAACAAGAGAGCUUUGCAAACCAGUAUAACUUUUAACCUAAGUUGCUGACACUUGCUCAUCUGUAAAUCUGGUGCAAAAACUAAGCUGUCUUUUAAGAAGGAAUCAUGAAGCCCUAUUUGUAACCCUCAUCAAAAUAAAGUUAUCACAUUCAGUAAAUGGGGUUAAGGAUUUUUUCCUGGCAUUGAGAAGCAAGUAAAAAGAUUUGCACUUUAAUUUAGUGAAUUAGGUGCUAUGUAGAAAGACUUGGAGUUUCCUGUUAUGGUAAUAUAUUGAAUAUUACUGUUUCAAUGCAUUUUAAUACAAAAUGUAUUCACUAAGAUUGUCUAAUGUUAUAUUAUUCUGCAGGUAUCUUUUAAUGUUUAUAAGCUUGAGUGAAGCAUGGAGAGUUAAAUAAAUAUCUGUCUUAUAUGACACAGACACUACACAAACACAUCUUUGCCAGGUGAGCCUUUCCCAGGAAAAAGCAGAGAAAUCUGCCUAUUAAUCAGCAGUCUAGUUAGAUGUGGAACUGAGCCAACCCAAAAUUCUUGUAGCCUUUGAUAAGAGUAAUAAUGCACAAGCUAAUGUUAUGAUCAAUAAAAAAACAGCAUAAAGUUGCUCAAAGAGACAAGUAGCAGCAAAGACUGUUACAGACAGGAGGUGCUUGUUGACGAAGCGUCUUCUGAGGUCUAAGUUAAAUUAUAUUUAAGAUUGGCAGCUGUUUUCACUGGUGCCCAUUUUCCUAGUUUUGGGCCCUGGAUUCCAUUUAUUUGGAAGAGGCAGCAACUAAAACUAGGAUCUUUGCUUGACUGAUGGCAUUGUAAUGGUGCAGAAAAUAGAAAAUCAGCAAGUGGUUGGUAAUUUUCUCCUAGUUAUGAAGCUCCAGCCAUGAAAAGAAUAGCAAAACUUUUGAAAUAAAAAAUGUGAUACUGAAGAUGAUAUGAAAUGGAAUAUGGUUGAAAGCUUAUAUGAUCAAGGAAGGGAGUUAGCAAUAAAAAAGUAGGGUAGGAGAGGUAGAGAAGGUAGAAAUACCACAAGGAAUUAUUACUGUAAUAGUCCCAAUAAGAGGCAAUAAUGUUCAGGCAAGGAUUUUAAUAACAGCACUUAUGUCAAGUGUCAAAACUGAAGAACUGUCACUUUUGAUAAUUGCCUGAAUAUGAGAAGUAGGAAAAUCUUUAUACCUUUAUUCAAUUCUGCAUACGCUAUCUUUCUUCUGAAGUGGUCAUUUUGCUUGCAUUUUUUGUAAUGACAUUUUGGGGAUUUCCCCAAAUAAUAUCCAAAUCCUACUAUAUAUGCUGGUAUAUUUUAAAGUAUUAGUACAGUCCUCUGAGUCUUUGCUGAGUUUUGUGAUUGUUCCAUGAUAGCUUUUGAAACCAGAGAUGAAAAGUAGGAAAAUGGAAAUCUAUUUCCCACAAUUGGAAGACCCAGUAUGAACAUAAUAUGAUAACAGAAUCCUUAGAUUUUGUAGAAUCCUUGUUUAUCAUGGAUCUAAUUAGAUGAAUAUGGGUUAACUAUUCAUAUAAAGCAAUUGGUAAAAAGUUUAAUUAGGAAGAUUUCAGAAAUCUCAUUGGGGCUAUUUCACCGUGCUAAUUCUUUGUAUGUUAUACAAAUGUUCUGUAAAUAUUCCAGAAUUUUAUUGUAUUGUAUUAAAAAUUUCCUCAAAUCUAAACAUAUUCAAUUCAAACUAUCAUUUUUCAUUGAAAGGAGUUUUAUCCAGUUUCAUUUUUUUACUCAAUACUUUCUUUUAUUGCCGUAUCAGAAAAUGCAAAUUUAUUUCCAGUUUCCAAUAAUCACAAGGAUAUUCAUUGUAAUCAGUAAAAAGACAAUCAGAUUUGUGUCCCACAUCACAAUUACGUAUAUUUUUUUGUUUGAGAAUUUGUUCUUGUUUCCUUGAAGGAGCGUCACCUCAAUUAUUAUGUUGCUUUCUUGGGAUCAAAAGAAGGAAGAGAGUGGAAAUAUCUUCAAUUUGAUUUAGCUAAUCGUUUUUCAGUAAGAUGUCCUAGUAUUAAAACUACUAGGCAUAUGAUCAGGCAUAUUUCUAGAAAUCAUAAAAACACUAUUGUAGAAGAUGGGAAUUCAUAUUCUAUUAUGCAGUUUGUAAUAAUUGUCCUGUCAAAUAAAAGAGGUUAUAGAUAUGA